UUGCAAUUGUUGGAAAUGUAGGAGAAGAAAAAUUAGAAUCAAAUGUAACAACAAAAAGUAAAACAUAUAUAUAUUUUGGUGAGAGAAUAUGAAUAAUGGAGGAUAAAUUAUUAGUCACCGAGGUUAGAUCUAAAUCACAGUUUGAAAGUAUUGAAUUUCCUGAUAAUGUGAAGAAAGAGAACACAAAAAGUGAAAUUUUAUAUCACUGUGAUGUCUGUGGUAAGUCAUUCUAUAAGAAGUCCAAUCUCACUACUCACAAAUACAUUCACACUGGAGAAAAACCAUAUCGCUGUGAUGUCUGUGGUAAAUCAUUCUCUCAAAAUGUUCACUUAGUUAAGCACAAAAACAUUCAUACAGGAAACAAACCAUAUCACUGUGAUAUCUGUGGGAAAUCGUUUUCUCUACAGUCUGGUUUAACUAAUCACUUAUACACUCACACAGGAGUAAAGCCAUAUGAUUGUGAUAUUUGUGGUAAAUCAUUCUCUCAAAAGGAACACUUAACUAAACAUACACAAAUCCAUACAGGAGAAAAACCAUAUCAGUGUGAUAUCUGUGGUAAAUCAUUCUUUCAAAAAUAUGGCUUAACAAACCAUUUACUAACUCAUACGGGAGAGAAACAAUAUCACUGUGAUAUCUGUGGUAAAUCUUUUUCUCAAAGGUCUGGUUUAACUAAUCACUUACAUACUCACACAGGAGUAAAGCCAUAUGAUUGUGAUAUUUGUGGUAAAUCAUUCUCUCAAAAGGAACACUUAACUAAACAUAAACGUAGCCAUACAGGAGAAAGACCAUAUCAUUGUGAUAUCUGUGGUAAAUCAUUCUCUCAAAAAUCUGGAUUAACAAACCACUUACUAUCUCAUACAGGAGUGAAACCAUAUCACUGUGAUAUCUGUGGUAAAUCUUUUUCUCAAAAUGAGCACUUGGCUAAACAUAGACGUAUUCAUACAGGAGAAAAACCAUAUCAGUGUGACAUCUGCAGUAAAUCAUUUUCUCAAAGAUCUGGCUUAACUAAGCACAUACGUAUUCAUACAGGAGACAGACCGUAUCAAUGUGAUAUCUGUGGUAAAUCAGUCUGUCAGACAAGUGAAUUAACUACACAUAAACGCAUUCAUACUGGAGAAAAACCAUAUUGCUGUGAUAUCUGUGGUAAAUCAUUCUCUGCAAGUAGUGCCUUAACUAGACACAGACGUAUUCAUACAGGAGAGAAGCCAUAUCACUGUGAUAUUUGCAGUAAAUCAUUUUGCCAAAGUGGUGAGUUAACUAUACACAAACGUAUUCAUACAGGAGAGAAGCCAUAUCAUUGCAAUACCUGUGGUAAAUGUUUCUCUCAAGUAAACAGCUUAACUAUGCACAAACAUAUUCACACAGGAGAAAAGCCAUAUUACUGAUAUCUGUGGUAAAUCAUUUUCUUCGGGAAAUGCUUUAACUGUUCACAAACGCAGACAUAUAUGAGGAAGACCAUGUUGCUGUGAUAUCAUUGGCAAAUGAUUCUCUUCAAGAAGUCACUUAACUACUCACAUUUUUAUUCCUAUGGAAAAGUGAUUGUUUCAACAUUAACCCUUAGGCAUUCGAGCCUGCUGUAUCAGGCCAAAAUAUUUAACCUAUUUUAUGUGAAACUGGCCAGAUCGGGCUUCUAACUAAUCUCCUUCAAUGUCAUUCUGAACGUAAACAAUCACAUCAUUAAAAUCUCAAAGCUACAUGUUAAUGUACAAUUAAUUCAAAACAAUGUGAAUAAAUAAGCAUUACAUUUGACAGGGUAAUCUGAAUACUAAAGGAUUAAACUGGCCAUAUUGAACCAAAUAUUCAACUCAUUUUAUUUUCAGACAAACCAGAUCCAGCCUCUUGCACCUUCCCAACAAUGUCAUUCUAAAAUUAAGCAAUCAUAUCUUUGAAAUCUGUAAACUACAAAAUAAUGUAUGAUUAAUUGACAACAAUAUAAAUAAACAAACCUUACUCUUGACAGAUUAUUGUGAAUCUAAAACGAUUAAAGUUUGGAUUAUGGUAAUUACAUUGUAACAAACAUACUGUUUAAUUUUUGUAGAGUAAAUUAAUUUUUUUCCCUUC